CGCCGCGCGUCGCGCGCCGACGCCGAAUCGCGCCGACGUAGCACAUCGCCGUCAUCGCCUCCGCGUCGAUCGCGCGUCGGCUUUCGCGCAGGAGCUCGAACGCGCGCGUCGCGCGCGGCGUCGCGCGCGCGAACGCGUCGAGCGCGUCGCGGUCGUCGGCGCUCGAGCGCGUCGCGGUCGCGUCGGCGCGCGCGGCGCGGCGGCGGCGAAUCGGCGCCGCUCGCGGCGGUGCGAGAGGCGAUGGCGAAGCGAGGGGUGCGAGCGGUCGUCGUGCCGUCGCAGGAUCCGCACUUUAGGCGCUACGUGGCGGCGUGCUUCGAGCGACGACGAUGGUUGAGCGAUUUUACGGGGUCGGCGGGGACGGUGGUGGUGACGGACGCGGCGGCGUUGUUGUGGACGGAUGGACGGUAUUUCGUGCAGGCUGAAGACGAGCUGAGCGAGGACUGGACUCUGAUGCGAAGUGGGGUGAAGGAUGUGCCGGACGUGAAGAAGUGGUUGUGCGCGGAGGAGGCGGGACUGGCGUUUACCGGAGCCAAGGUGGGCAUCGAUCCAAACGUGCACUCGGUGAGCGAGGCGCGAGGUUUGAGAGAAGCGUUGAGCGCGUGCGGGAUCGAGUUGAUGAGCGUCGAAGAGAACUUGGUAGAUUUGGUUUGGAGCGAUCGUCCACCGUUCCCGAAGACGCCGCUCAGAGUGCACCCGAUGGAGUACGCGGGGAAGAGCGUGGCGGAAAAAUUGGAAAACCUUCGAGAAAAAAUGAAGGAAAACGACGCGCAGAAGCUCGUCGUGAGCUCGUUGGAUGACGUCAUGUGGCUAUGCAAUGUUCGAGGCGGUGAUGCACCGUGUAAUCCGGUGACGUUGUCUUACGUCUUGGUGGGUGAAAACGACGCUUCGUUUUACGUCGACACGGACAAGGCGACGCCUGAAGUCGUGGCGCAUCUCGCCGAGGCAAACGUGACGAUCAAGCCGUACGAAGACAUGGCCAAAGACGUGUAUGCCGCGGCACAGCGCGGUGAGCGACUCUGGAUGGACGUCGAUAAGGUCUCCAUCGCCAUGCUCGAACAGGCUGAAGCCGGAGCCGCCGAAGCGCCCAAGGAUGCGAAAAAGGUGAAGACGGAGAGCGCGCCGUCCGCCAUCAAGGAGGGCACGUGUCCGGUCCCGAUCGCAAAGGCGGUGAAGAAUGAGGCCGAGAUGGCCGGUAUGGUCGAAGCCCACCUCAUGGAUGGCGCUGCGAUGGCUGAAUUCUGGUGCGCGAUCGAGCGAGACGUCGCCGAGGGGCGCGCCAUUGACGAGUACGAAGCUGGCGAGAGGGUCUUGGCGUGCCGAGCCAAGCAAAACGGUUUCUUCGAAGAAUCGUUCCCGACGAUCGCGGGUGAAGGUCCUCAUGGCGCCGUGGUGCACUACCGUGCUUCGAAAAAGAGCGCGAGGGCUAUCGGUAAGGACAGCUUAUUACUCUGCGACAGCGGCGGCCAGUACGCGUGUGGCACGACGGAUGUCACUCGAACGGUGCACUUCGGAACGCCCACCGCUCAUCAAAAGGAGUGCUACACGCGCGUGCUCCAAGGUCACAUCGCACUCGACCAAAUGGUUUUCCCUGUCGGCACGAAAGGUUUCGUUCUCGACGCCUUUGCGCGAUCGCACCUGUGGGCCAACGGCUUGGAUUACCGUCACGGCACCGGCCACGGCGUCGGCGCGGCGCUCAACGUGCACGAAGGUCCGCAAGGAAUCUCUCCGCGUUUUGGAAACAUGACGCCCCUUAUGCCAGGAAUGAUCUUGAGCAACGAGCCGGGGUAUUACGAAGACGGUGCGUUCGGUAUCCGCAUCGAGACGCUUCUGCAAGUGAAGGAGGCGAAGACUGCGCACAACUUCGGAGACACUGGAUUUUUAUGCUUUGACGUCUUGACGUUGAUCCCGAUUCAAACGAAACUCAUGGACUUGAGCAUUAUGAGUGAAAAAGAAAUCGCGUGGGUGAACGCGUAUCACGAAAAAGUUUGGCAACAAAUUUCCCCGCGAGUGUCGGGGGAGACUAAAACGUGGCUCGAACGCGCGUGUGCAAAGAUUUCCAAGUAG